AUGGCAGAUGCGAAGUGUUCUAUGUGGAUUGAGAGGAAAUAUUUCGACCUAGUUUUAGAAGGCAAGUUAUCUAACAUUUUUAGAUUGACGGAGUAUUGCAGAGGCCGCCCCAAGUCUAUUUUCCAGGACCUUGAGGAGUUACUUGGUUCCUUUGUGCUUGGGAAGAAUUUUGGGCUGCAGACGAAAAUGGGUUUCGAGGAGCAAUGUUGUAGUUGGAUCACCCACUGCACAGGUACUUCAAGCUUCUCAGUGCUCAUCAAUGGGUGCCCCUCUGACUUCUUUGGCUCUCCUAGAGGUUUUAGACAGAGGGAUCCUCUUUCUCCUUUCCUUUUCAUUGUGGUGAUGGAGGUGCUGAGUCUUAUAUUGGAUAAAGCCACUGAUAAAGGACUUCUUAAAGGCCUCAAAGUCAGCAGUAAUGGAAGAUCUUUGGAAGUCUCUCAUUGUUUAUUUGCAGAUGACACCUUCUGUGAGGAUGAUCCUCUUAAUAUUCUUAACUUGCAUUGA